UCCGAGUUCAUCUGAUUUAUUCCGCAUUGCAUUGGGAGCCCAGCACCACUACCCGUUGCACCUUGGUCAUGCGCUGCCUCUCGUGCUUCUACAAGUGCUUCGGGCGCGACGACUCGCUGGCCACGCCCAAGGGCGAUGUGCCCACCGACACAGCCACCACCGUCGUAGAAGAAACGUCUGUCGCUGCCUCACCCAGAGGCAAAGGCAAAGUGACAGACUCGUACACCUUGGGCAAAGUCAUCGGCUCCGGGUCCUACUCGGUCGUGCGUGAGAGUGUUCACAAGAAAAGCAAGCACAAAUUCGCCAUCAAGUGCAUCAAACGCUCGGAACUCUCAACCGAGGACGACGAAGCCAUUCAGUUCGAGGUUUCCAUCCUGCAACAGAUGAAGCAUCCGCACAUUAUGACUCUUGAGGAGUUUUUCGUCGAGCCCGACUACUACUACCUCGUUACGGAGUUCGUCGGAGGCGGCGAACUCUUCGACCGCAUCGUGGAGAAAACGUUUUACACGGAAAAAGAGGCGCGCGACCUCGUCAAGAUUCUCAUCGACGCCAUCAAGUAUUGCCACGACCAAAACGUCGUGCACCGAGACCUCAAACCGGAGAACCUACUGCUUAUGUCAGCAGAUGACGACGCCAGUAUCAAACUCGCCGACUUUGGCUUCGCGAAAACUGUGACCAAAGACAAUUCUGGCCUUGUGACCACGUGUGGCACACCCGGAUAUGUGGCUCCAGAGAUCUUGGAAGGCGCGUCGUACGGGAAACCCGUUGAUAUCUGGAGUGUUUCAUGA